AUGGAGCCCGGGAUGGCAGGUAACUGGGUACAGCUCAUCAUUUUCCUCGGCAUCUGCGUCGGUUGGAUCUCUACCUACCUCUACCGCGUCGCAACCAAGCAAAUGACGUACGCGAAGCAGCUCGAGCAGUACGAGGAGGCAGUGAUGCAGAAGCGCCUCGAGGAGAUGCCGGACAGCGCGCUCGAGCAGAUGAUGGGCGACAUCGAGGAGGACAAGAAGAAGCGGGAGGCGCGCCGGGCGGCGCGCGAGGCGGAGCAGCAGAAGCAGUGA